GUGAGAUUAUUUGAGUUAAGUGGAGGAUACCUGGAGGAACUUUAUCAGAAUACACAGCGGCAUCAAGACAUCCUAGUUUCCCCUCAGAGACUGAAACAAGAGAGAGAGAGCCCUGCUGUGAAUUGAUUUCCUGUCAUGAUGAAGUUUGUGACUGUCUUCACCCUGCUCACCUCCGCGGUCCACGCCGGUCUGCUGAGGAAAAGACAGACCUGCCGGCAGGUGUGCGAUGCCUCUCAGUGCCCCGCCGCUCCGCAGGCCUGUCACUACGGACAGGUGAGAGACGCGUGCGGCUGCUGCGUGGUGUGCGCGGCCGGGGAGGGAGAUGUGUGCGGGACGCGGAGCGGCGGAGACCUGUCCUGUGGAGAGGGGCUGAGGUGUGACUCCGUCCCGGGGAAGCGCGGUGGCCUCCACGGCACCUGCGUGUGCGCCACCUCCGGCCCGGUGUGCGGCAGUGACGGCAGGACUUAUCCCAGCAUGUGUCGCCUGAGAGCCGAGAAUAAGAGAGCAGAGCUGGGUGAGACCAGUACGGUCAUUCUGAUCCAGAGGGGAGCCUGUGAUUCAGGAAUGCAACAUCCAGGAAGUAUGCGCUACAAAUUCAACUUUAUUGCAGAUGUGGUGGAUAAGAUUGUUCCAGCUGUGGUGCAUCUGGAGCUCUUCCAGAGGGUUCCAUUCUCCGGUGAGGAGGUCUCUGUGUCGAGUGGCUCUGGGUUUAUAGUGUCAGAGGACGGCUGGAUUGUCACAAACGCUCACGUACUCUCUAACAAGCAGCGUAUAAAGGUAGAGCUGAAAAGUGGUUUGCAGUACGACGCUACGGUCAAGGACGUGGACCAGAAAAUAGACAUUGCACUCAUCAAAAUUGAACCAGAGAGUCCCCUGCCUGUGCUCCGUUUGGGCCAGUCCUCAGACCUGCGCCCCGGUGAGUUUGUGGUGACCGUGGGGAGCCCGUUCUCCCUGCAGAACACCGUCACCACUGGCAUCAUCAGCUCUGUCCAGCGCAAUGGCCUGGAGCUGGGCUUCAAGGACUCGGACAUGGAUUACAUCCAAACAGACGCAAUCAUUAAUUACGGCAACUCUGGUGGGCCGCUUGUAAACUUGGACGGAGAUGUAAUAGGCAUCAAUACUCUGAAAGUGGCAGCAGGAAUCUCGUUUGCCAUCCCUGCAGACAGAGUGCGACAGUUCCUCGCUGAAUCCUACAACAGAAAAGUCAGCGGGAAUACAGAUCAGAAGAAGAAAUACAUUGGUGUCCGGAUGCUGCAGCUUUCACCAUCUUUGAUCCAGGAUCUGAAGGAGCGUGAGAGAGACUUUCCAGAUGUGAGCUCAGGGGUUUACAUUUAUGAGGUUAUACCUGGAACAGCUGCAUCCAGUGCUGGCAUGAUGGAGCGUGACGUCAUCAUCAGCAUCAAUGGGCGGAUCAUCCACACCACACAGGAAGUGAGCGAAGCCAUCCACGGCAGCACGGCGAUCUCAGUGCUGGUGAGGCGAAAAGACGAGGACAUUACGCUAACUAUCGUUCCUGAAGAGAUGGACUGAUGCCACAGACGGACAUUAAAGAAAAAUGUGUUUUGAAGUACUGUUCAGCUUUUUAUUGAUGCAUGCUGCAUCUGUUGGUCUAGGUGUAACCACGUUUUUUGGAGUUCCUCAGGAUAAAAGA